AUGGCUAUUAGCUUUAAUGGCAAUGGGAUUACCUCUGAAGGCCAUCUGCCAGGAGACCAGCAGGCUUCCUCGUGCAGUUGUUUGCUGAGUGAAAAUGAGAAGCGUCCCUUUGUGGAGGAAGCUGAACGAUUGAGAGUUCAACAUAAAAAGGAUCACCCGGACUAUAAAUACCAACCACGCCGGAGGAAAAGCGUCAAAGCCGGCCAGAGCGAUUCAGAUUCAGGAGCUGAGCUGAACCAUCACGGAGGAACCCAGAUCUACAAAGCAGACUCAGGGCUGGGCUCCAUGAGUGAAGCGCAUCACCCCGGCGACCACACAGGGCAGCCUCAUGGACCUCCUACGCCACCUACCACCCCUAAGACUGACUUACACCCUGGGAGCAAGCAAGAGCUGAAGCACGAGGGCCGGCGGCUCAUGGAAAGUGGUCGGCAGAACAUUGAUUUUAGCAACGUGGAUAUCUCUGAGUUGAGCAGUGAGGUCAUCAACAACAUGGAGGCGUUUGACAUCCAUGAAUUUGACCAGUACUUGCCACUCAAUGGCCACUCUGCCAUGCCAGCCAGUCAUGGGCAGAACUCCACAGCAGGAUCUUAUGGGACUUCUUACUCUCAUUCAGCCAACGGCAACACUGGUGGAGCCACCCAGGGAUGGACUCACAAGAGCCCUGCAUCUGCGUCCCCUUCUUCCAGUGAAACCAGCCAGCAGAGGCCUCAUAUCAAGACCGAACAGCUCAGCCCAAGCCAUUACAGUGAGCAGCCCCACAACUCUCCAACCCAUUCGGACUAUGGAUCCUAUACCGCUCAGGCGUGUGCCACCACCGUUUCCCCAAGCACAGCCACAGGUUCUUUUUCCAGUUCCCAAUGUGACUACACAGAUCUUCAGAGUUCCAACUACUACAACCCCUACUCGGGCUACCCUUCCAGCAUUUACCAGUACCCGUAUUUCCAUUCCUCUCGCCGGCCGUAUGCCACCCCCAUCCUUAACAGCCUGUCCAUACCCCCUUCUCACAGCCCCAGUGCGAACUGGGACCAGCCAGUCUACACAACCCUGACAAGGCCUUGAGCUGAUGGAAGGAGCUGAUUUUUUGAGGUCUUCCCCCACCAGCCUUCAAAAGUAUGCACUACACAGAAACAAAGAUGGAGCAAAGAAAUAUAAUAAUAAUAAUAAUAAUAAUUAAUAAUAAUAAUAAUAAUAGAAGAAGAACCAUAAUGGAGCAUUGUUGCAUGGUCCGAAGUGCCUCCUGUUUUGUCGAUAUGCCUGGGCGUUCCCUCCAGAAUCUCUUAGAUUUUCCAAGACAGAGUUCUAUUUUGUUUAUUACGAAUUGUAAAUAAUACUAAAUAACAUCUGGACCAAUGAUUGCUCUUGAAUAGAUGAAGGAUGAUACUUUCUAACUCCUCUGUGAGGACUUGGCGAUAAGUUUGGGUUUUGCGUCCAAGACUCUGCAAAAGUCAAGGUGAAGAUGGUGCUUAAGGGUUUGUUGCAAAGUAGGGACAGAUCAGCCUUGCACAAAAACCCUUGUAGGUUUUUUAAAUCCUAAGUGUUCAAUUAACAGUACUGAGGGACCAUUCAAGAAUCUUUUGGGACCAACCAACCAACUAAUGUCAGCAUUUCUUAAUUUUAGUUGAGAGUUCUUCUGAGCAAGGUUUGGCUGUAAUUAACAUUUUGUUUGGAAGCUUAAAAAAGCACGGUGAUAUAUAUAUAUAUUUUUUGUCAUUGUUUGGGGGUAAAUCUGUUAAAUAUGUAUUUAUGUUCUAUCUAAUUUUUGUCCUUUUAAUUAAUGAAGUAAUUCUGUGCAAGAGGUAGAAUUUAAAUAAAAUAAAAGUCUUUAUGGUGCAUAAACUAGUGGAGGAGUUUUCCCAUCCCCCCAAUUAUUCAUUAAAAAGAGGAAAAAAGCAUUUAAGGUCCGUCAGAAAGGAAAAUUAGAAAUGCUUCAGAAGAAACAAUGAUAAUGCAGGAACCUGAAAGGUGGAGAAAAAGUGAGCAGUUCAUUCAGUGGCAGAGUUCACAUGGCAUUUGAGCGAAAGGCGUGCCAGGCUGCUUCUGCCUAACACUCACUUCCAGGUGUGAUGAAGUAGGACCUAAAGGUGAUGGCCGCUCCCCAUUGUUUGUCCCUCACACCUGGAACUUGAGGUAGACUGCCACUGGAACAACCGAAUGCAUCCCAGUUGAUGAUGGGAGCUUAGCUGUGCGGCUUCUAAAUCAUCAUUUAUGGCUUGGUAAAUUGGGAGAACCAGGCCACCAUGGCCAGUGCUGCGUAUCCUGCUUAGAAGAAGACGCACCUUAAAAUGUAGUGGGAGCCCACCCUAGGUCUGAUCCUGGUUUUGCAGGACUCUGGCCACCUGAAGGUACGGAUUGUAAAUGUGAAUUCCUGGCACUGACUCGUUUUUUCCAUCUCAGAGUCACCGGGCGACCUUGAUAUUUGGUACUGCAGAUGAAGUGAUAUUUUCUUCCCUUUGAUGGUGUCCCAGCCAGAAAUAAGCAGUGGGCCUCCAUACCAGUGCUUUCUAAACAUUUAUUUUUAACAUUUAUUUUUAUUUAGAGAGGUUUGAUGGAGUCAGCUUUUUCUAAACACCUUUUUUAUCCGUUGCCCAUCAAGUAGCAGGGGGCUGGAGCCAAAUGGGGCUCAGAAUUGAUACUUCUAUCAAACUAACUGAACACACUCAAUUUGGUGGGGGGACUGACCCACUUGAGCCGCUGCGGCAGCAUCUCUGAAGUGCCUUCACCGAAACCAGCUUGGCGAGCCAAAUUCCUCUGUGCCACAGCUAGGAAUUUCACACGUGCAAAAAUAUCGUGCAAGGGGUUGCACAUUUGAAAAGAGAUGCAAUAUCUUACCUGGUGAAGUGUGUUACGGGCUUCUGGCCAGAGUUGUAUCUGUGGAUCUUUCAAGGGAAAAUAAAAAAAUCUGCCGGAGGAAUCAGGUGCAACCUGAUAUUUUGCACUGUGAUUCCUUCACUGGAACUUCCUUUCUGUACUGGCAAAAUGUGACUCUGGAGUGAAUUCACUCUAUCUCGCUGAAUCUGUAUGAAAUUAAAUAUGGAAAAAGGAAAUGUUAAUAGGUUCUCUUCCCAUUGUAAGCUAAGUUCAAUCUACAAAAUUAUUUUUGAAAAUGUUAUUACAUUUUUGAACUGGCCUGAGGGGCCCAGCUUUUUUCUUCUUCUUAAAGAAACGUCAGUUUUAGCAGAAUUUACACAUUGAGUUUCACUUUAAUAUUGCCCUAUUUAAGAACCAGAUGUUAUUCAUCAAAGCUGUGAAAAUUAACAUUCUCCACUACAUUUUGGUUAAUUCUUAGAUGUAGGCUAAUCAUUUUGUUGAUAUUCGUUGCUUUGUAUGCUGAGCAUAUAACAACCAUCUAUUCUAAUGGUAACAUUGUGCCUUUUCAGAGAAAAACAAAUCUUUAUGAACCUUUAAACUUUCAGAGAUUAUUUAGCUUAUCUUUUCUAUGUUUCGUAUUCUUGGGUUUGUUUUCGUUUUCACCUUUUCCUUUAAAAUGCAUAUUUGUGGGAGGUGGGCUUGGAGCACAAAAGAGAGUGGGGCUGAAGAUGGAAACCUUCUUAUGCAAUCUAUUUUUCUGUAUAAAGUUUGAAGGUUGUCAGUUAUCUGUUCUGUUCACUGGCUUCUGACUAAGUAAUGCUAACUUUUGUACAGAUCUAUUUGAUAAAAUUAAA